UCUUCCCUCUGAAAAUCUUUGGGUGGCACUGUGCCUUACAGCUCCAGAGACACAGGUUCGAUCCCAACUACGGGUCCUGUCGGUACGGAGUUUGCACGUUCUCCCCGUGACAUGCUUGGUUUUCUCUGGGCGCUUCGGUUUCCUCCCACUCUUUAAAGACGUACAGGUUUGUAGGUUAAUUGGCUUCGGUAAGAUUGUAAAAUUGUUCCUAAUGUGUGUAGGAUAGAGUUAGUAUACGGGGUGAUCGCUGGUGGGCUGAAGGGCCUGUUUCCACAUUGUAUCUGUAUCUCUAAACACCUCAACCAAUUAUGUCUGCAUAAUUUAGAGGGUGGUGGAGGCAGGUUCUCUGGAUGCUUUCAAGAGAGAGCUAGAUAGGGCUCUUAAAAAUAACAGAGUCAGGGGAUAUGGGGAGAAGGCAGGAAUGGGGUACUGAUUUGGGAUGAUCAGCCAUGAUCACAUUGAAUGGCGGUGCUGGCUUGAAGGACCAAAUGGCCUACUCCUGCACCUAUUGUCUAUUGUCUAUUGUAUAUAUACACAAUGAACUUUUUUUUGUGUACUAUGUUUACAUAUUCUGUUGUGCUGCAGCAAGCAAGAAUGUCAUUGUCCUAUCUGGGCCACAUGACAAUAAAACAUUCUUGACUCUUGAACUCUACGGAUGGAAUGUUUUCCCAGGGAAGAAGCCUGACGCACAAGGCCUGAAAACCGUGCCUCUUCUUUGAAAGAGGUUUGUGUCUGUCUGUGACUUGGGGGAAGGGGGAGGGCAGAUGUGACAUUUAGGUUUAAAAGAAAACAGUCUUUUGAAUCUUCUCUCCGUGUGACCUUGUGGUUUACUCUUGACAUCAGGGCGUUGUGUGUGAUUGGUGUCCUUCACGCCAGAGCACCCUCCCCUUCUUCCUCUGUGACAGAUGUACUAUCAAAACACCUAAAAAAAACCUCAACCCACACGCACGCACAGGCACAGGCAUCGGCUAAGAAAUCAAGCGCUCUAAACGCGGCAGUGGUUUCAGUUGUCGAGUGUCAAGGGUCCUCUGAGCAGAAGAUACCUAGACCUCCCUCCUUGCCCAGUGCCUGGUGAUGGAAGAUGAGGAGGCUUCACCUGUCCCUGCUGCGGACCAGACCGACAAGCAGCCAGCAGAGAGCCGGUCUAAAGCCAGGCUAAAGGCCUACAAGUGGUUUACAGGCACCAAACAGAAUGCCAAGAGGUGCAAGGAGGAGGAGGAGGAUGGAGGGGAGGAGAGGGCAGAUGAAGAGGACCUGAAGGAGGAUGCUCAAGGUGCAGAGGCUCCUGUGCAGGAGGGUCAGGAGGAGAUGGCCUCUGACCCCGAGGGUACGAGGAAUUCCCAGCAGGAACAACCAUCCAAGGAUGAAGCCCAAGGCAAGAAGGACCAGCUCCCCAAGAAGUCCGAGCCGGCCAAGUCGGUGAGAGGUGCGGGGCGGAACCUGCGGAAGGUGAAGUCGGACUCGGCCGAAAGGAUCCGGAGUUUCCUGACCUCGGUCUCCAAUCGCCUGUCCAGGAAACGUUCUCUCCAGGAACCCAUGCAGGAUCCGUCUCACCAAGAUGAAGUUGAGGCAGGGGCGGAGGGCUCCAGUCAAUCUCCUCCCAUUUCGUUGGUGCCUUCGGCUAGAGUGCCAGUGUGGGACGUCAACAACUGCACGCUGGUCGAUGGUCAACUCCUGCUGAUGUCUCGGGACGAUGAGAACGGCUACAGGUCUCGGCUCCGGACCGGCAGCUCAAUGUCGGAGGUCAGCUUCACCCCCUCACACCCCUGGGAUCCACCGUCUGGGAAGAGGAGUCCCCCAGCAGUGCGGAAACCAGAACGGAUCGGAGCUUCCAGCGAGGGCCCAGUAAACAACGUCAAGAAUCUGAUCAGGAAAAGAUGGAGGAAGAAGAGUCGGAGCCAGACUGAACCACCCGAUUCUCCGCACGGCAAAAGCAACAGAAGGCAGAGCAUCCAGAAGCUGGGGGAGGCUGUGUCCUACGAGUCUUUAUCGGGGCCUUUGAACCCCAUCGAGACACUCGACCUGUCGAAUGAGACGAACGUCAUCAUCAGGAAACUCCACAGUAGCAUCCUUGGUGAGAAGUACUGCUUCGAGGUCAUUAACUCAAGGGGGAGUCGUUGCUUUGGCUGCUCAUCCGCAGAAGAGAGAGACAAAUGGAUGGAGAAUCUGCUUCGAACUGUCCAGCCCAACAAGGACAACCGCGAGAGAGUGGAGAACAUGCUGAGCUUGUGGGUGAAUGAAGUGAAGGACCUGACUCCCAGGAAGAAGUACUUCUGCGAGCUACAUCUUGACGGUUGCCUCUACGCCCGGACCACCAGCAAGCUCAACGCCGACGAGCUCUUCUGGGGCGAGCACUUUGAGUUCAACAACCUGCCCCCCGUCAGGGAGGUCACCCUCCACCUCUUCAGGGACGAAGACAAGAAGAGGAAGGAGAUGAACGCCUUGGGCUCCGUCACCCUCCCUCUGGCGGAGGUGACGGGACGCCAGCACACGGAGAGGUGGCACAGCAUCAACGUGCAGACCGUCAACAAGGGCAAGGUGGUCCUCCCCACCAUCAGGCUCAGCCUGCGCUACCAGAACAUCAAGGUCCUGCCCAUGAUACACUACAAGGAGUUUGCCGAGUAUCUCAUCUGCAAACACACCACCCUGUGCACCGUGCUGGAGCCAGCCCUGAAGGUGAAGGAGAAGGAGGAGGUGGCCUCGGCUCUCGUUCAUGCCCUCCAAGGUGUUGGCAAAGCCAAGGACUUCCUCAUCGAGUCAGGGAUUGCAGAGGUCCAUCGGUGCGAGGAGAAUCACUCCGUGCUCUUCAGAGAAAACACCUUGACCACCAAAGCCAUUGAUGAAUUCAUGAAGCUGGUGGGGCAGAAGUACCUGGUGGAAACUCUUGGAGACUUUGUGACACGACUCUACAAUCCUGAGGAGAAUUACGAAGUGGAUCCAAACAAGUGCUCGGCUAAUGAUGUUUUGGAAAACCAGUCGAAUAUGAGAGAGAGCUGUGAAGAAGCAUUUCACCAAAUCAUAGACUCCCAGUGUGUCUUUCCCGACGAGCUGAGGCAGAUAUUUGCGGCCUGGCUGCGAGAGUGUAUCAGCCGAGGGAAGCCGGACAUCGGACAGCGUAUGAUAUGCGCUUCGCUCUUCCUGCGAUUCCUCUGCCCGGCCAUCAUGUCCCCCAGCCUCUUCAACCUGACCCAGGAGUACCCCAACGACAGCACCGCCCGGACCCUCACCCUCAUCGCCAAGGUCAUUCAGAACCUGGCCAACUUCACCACGUUUGAAGACAAGGAAGGCUACAUGACCUUCAUGGAUGACUUCCUGAGGUCAAACUGGGAAAACAUGAGAAUGUUCCUGACGAACAUCUCCAAUUCAGAGCCGAGCAUGAACGCCUCGGAGUUUGAAGGUUGCAUCGACCUAGGCCUGGAGCUUUCCAUCCUGCAUUCCCUUCUCUGUGACAUUGUCCCACGCCUGCACCAGACCGAACUCAACAAGCUGCAUCCUCUCCCUGCUAUCCUGAAUGGCAUCACUCACUCCAUGGGGGACCCAGGUGCACCUCUGAUACAUCACCAGGAGCUCAGCCCGUACUGCCGGGUGGACAAGCCGACCUACGUGGCGCCCAAGGACGUGAACCAGGUCAGCGCGUCGAUGCUGAGCCUGCAGAGGUCCACGGUGGAGGAACAUCAGCACGUGAGCAGGUUGACAAAAAGCAGCGCGGCUACGGUUAAACGCACCCAGAGCGCGCCGGCACGGAAGAGACCCUGCGUGUCGCACCAGUCGCCUGGCUGGCAGCCCAGUCCAGACCUGGGGGAGCACGCUGACCAAGACACCAUCACCAGCCUGCCAGACCGGCCCUACAGCACCCUGACCAAGAUGCCCUACUCUGGCACCCACUCGCUGAGGUCACCGCGCUCCCGAUCGCACGCCAGCCCGCAGCCGAAAAUGCAGACCCAUCAUCCCCGCCUAAUGCCGGUCGAUUCACUCAGAAAGUCCCAAGUCCCUUGGGAGCGUAACUCGGGAAUCGAGAAAUGGUCCUCACAGACGGAGUCCGAGAGUCAAGGCAGCAGACCUUUCAAGAAGUACGAGCAAGACAUCGCCAGUUUGCAGACAACCGUGGGGACAAUCGCCCAGGACCUGAAGGAGCUCGGAAACCGCAUUAGCAAACACCUCGAGCAAACGCUUCAAGAAAGUGAGGAGAAGCAGAGAAAGGAACUGGAGGAAAAGGACCAAUUGAUCUCAAAUCUCACCAGCAGGCUUGACGCAAUAGAAGAGGAAAGAAAAAAGGACAUUGAUAAGUUAGAAACCACUGCCGAGAAUAAGAUAGCGUGUUUGGAAAGUCGCCUCCUAUCGAUGGAGCAACGGCAUGCAGAGCUUCUGAAGGCCGUGGGCGGGAUGAGGGCAAACCACCAGCCAGCAACCUCCAGCCAGGGUGCUCGUACAGAUACCACAUCCCAGGCUCCGACCAGCCCUGGUCUACCACCUCCACCCGGACCCAAGACACAACCGGAUACCACCGACAAUCAGAUCGUGGAGAAUGGCCAAGUCGAGAACGGCCCUGUAUAAAGACUUUCCUCAACCCCAAAACUCUGUUUGUUCUCCUGUGUACAU